CCUAAUUAAGCUUCCGCCGUGAAUCAUGGUGAGAUUUACACUUCAGAAACACUCUCUUCGUAUCAGAACGAUCACUUCUUCGUCGACUUUUCAAAAUCCGACGAGUACCCAGUAACAAUCAUGUCGGUAAAACCAAACCCCAAUUCGAAAUUUUCAAUCUUGUUCACUUUCGUCGUACUUCUCAGUUUCUUAAUCGUCGUGGUCCGUUCUUCUGAUGUCGGCGUCGAAGGUAACGAAGCCGGAUCCGAGGGAGAUUUAGACGAUUUGGAGCAGCUUUUAGCGGUGGAUGAACAAUUGCAGAAAGAGAGACCGGAGCAACAAUCUGAAGCGGAGACGGUGAGUAAGGCCCAGAGGAUCGUUGUGGAACUCAACGGAGACAAUACGAAGAGGUUGAUCGAUGGGAACGAGUAUGUAAUAGUUUUAGGUUAUGCUCCGUGGUGUGCUAGGAGUGCGGAGUUAAUGCCGCGAUUUGCGGAAGCGGCGACGGGUUUGAAAGAGUUUGGUAGUUCUGUUUUGAUGGCUAAGAUCGACGGUGAGAGGUAUUCGAAAGUGGCGUCGCAGCUUGAGAUUAAAGGUUUCCCAACUCUUCUUCUGUUUGUUAGUGGCACAUCUCAGCCUUACACUGGUGGAUUUACCUCAGAGGAGAUAAUGAUUUGGGUGCAGAAGAAGACUGGUGUGCCUACUAUUAAACUUGAUUCAGUUGAUAAAGCUUCAGGAUUUAUGAAGAAGCAUCUUACUUUCAUUCUCGGACUAUUCGAAAACUCUGAGGCUUCUUCUGGAUAUGAUGAAUUUGUAAAAGCUGCGUCAUUAGACAAUGAAAUUCAGUUUGUAGAAACAAGAAGUAGUCAUGUCGCCAAGCUUCUCUUCCCAGACCUUAAAACCAACAAUGUGUUUGUAGGAUUGGUUAAAACUGAGGCUGAGAGGUACACUGCAUACGAUGGACCUUGCCAAGCCGAGAAGAUAUUGGAAUUUCUGAACAGUAAUAAAUUCCCGUUGGUUACAAAACUGACUGAAUCCAACACCGUUCGUGUUUACUCCAGUCCAGUCAAGCUUCAGGUUAUGGUCUUUUCGACGAUUGAUGACUUUGAAACUCUUGCUCAGUCUCUAGAAGAUACUGCAAGAAGGUUCAAAUCAAAGCUUAUGUUGAUAUAUAUUGACAUAUCAAAUGAAAAUCUCGCAAUGCCAUUCUUGACCUUAUUUGGGAUAGAAGAUGCAAAGAAAACUAUUGUUGCUGCAUUCGACAACAACCUGAAAUCCAAGUUUUUGCUCGAGUCAGAUCCAUCCCCUAGCAAUAUAGAAGAAUUUUGUUCAGGACUUGCGCAUGGAACUGUUUCACCUUACUAUAAGUCAGAGCCAAUUCCAGAGAAUCAAAAUUCAAGUGUAGUGGCUGUGGUCGGCAGGACUUUUGAUGAACUGGUCUUGAAGAGCCAAGAGAAUGUUAUUCUAGAGGUACACACACCAUGGUGUGUUAACUGUGAGGCUGUGAGUAAACAAGUUGAGAAGUUGUCGACGAAAUCCAGCGCGAAGGAAAUGGCUGUUUUUAUCAACGGAGAGUUGAAACCAAAUGAUCAUUCUACUAAAGAUGAGUUAUAGAGCAUCUUGGACUCUGAUCUAGGGAUCAAUAUAAUAGUUUGUUGAAACAAGAACUGUAAUGGAGCUUUUGAGGAAAGUACACAGUAUGACAUAGAAUGAAAGAUAGAUAUUACACAAUGUUACUGUAGUUAUAGCGAAGUUGAGAAAAUUUGAUCUUUUUCCUCGCA